AUGAUUCUGCUGGCAAUUUUCUUUCUUCUAGGGAAAUCAAAUGGGCUAAAUCAAUUGCCAACUACUACGCCAGCGAUUCGCGAUGGAGACAAUGUAUUAGAUGAUCUGAUCAAUCCGAAAGGAUUUCCGAUUGGGCAGGUGUGGCCUGGUGGAAAAGAUCCUGAUGGGCCCUAUGGCUUUCGAUUAUGGAGGUAUAUUCAUCAUGGUUUCAAAGGCCCUGAAGUGGCUGAAUGUAGCGAAAAUGGCCUUCCAGUGAAGGUAAAACACAUCUAUUACUGGCCUGGCGAUCAUAUUUCUUUCCCGUGCAAAGUUUGUCAACGAGAUCUCGAUUCAAAUAGAAGGAUCAAAAUGUGGGGUUCGGCGGCAAAAGUAUACGACUUUUUCGAUCAUUACCUAAAGAAUAAGAAGUUGCAACACGCGGAUGUUGGCGUGCAAUUUUUACUACUAAAGUUCGAGUUCAAUACAAGAUCGAAAGAAUUUGAUGGAUCAGGGGACUCGGAUCCGUCUUACAUGUCCGGAAAUCGAAUUCAGGCCACAGAGAACGGAUCUUUCCCCCAUAUCCGACGACAAACGUUCGAACAAAUUAGCAAUACGUUACUCAUUCAUAAUGCUGAAGUAAGGGCGGCUGGUGUAUAUUUUUGCUACGAGGACACCGCGAUCCAUUUGGUCCGCUAUUUCUAUAUUCUCCACGCAAUGACGCCGAUCAAUCAAAAGCAU